CCGCGGCCCGCGCCUCCCACUGCCCCUCCGGCCCAACCCGCCAAGUUCCAAGAGCUCCCAGUCGAGCGAGCGCCGGGAACGAGCACUGCCCGAGCAGCACACGGCGCACACGAGCCAGCUUGCAGCACGCCCGGGAGAGGUUCCUGAGACACUCACGGCCCGGGGACUUCGAAAGGGAAGACGAGGAGCCCCGCACGCACAAGUGUGCCAGCCAGCGCUCCGUCAAGCACCUGUUCCUCCCUCUCCACCGCCACCCCGGUCCCCACCCCUCCGAUCAUCGCCUCUCCGGCUCCCGCUUGCUCCCGGGAUGAAUUCAGUGCUGGGCAACCAGACCGACGUGGCCGGCCUCUUCCUGGCCAACAGCAGCGAGGCGCUGGAGCGCGCCGUGCGCUGCUGCACCCAGGCGUCGGUGGUGACCGACGAUGGCUUCGCCGAGGGUGGCCCCGACGAGCGUAGCCUGUACAUCAUGCGUGUGGUGCAGAUCGCAGUCAUGUGCGUGCUUUCGCUCACCGUGGUCUUUGGCAUCUUCUUCCUUGGCUGCAACCUACUCAUCAAAUCCGAAGGCAUGAUCAACUUCCUGGUGAAGGACCGGAGGCCGUCUAAAGAGGUUGAGGCAGUGGUCGUGGGACCCUACUGAGUGGCCCUCGGGUCCCCCACGGCUGGUGCUCCUGGCACCUCCAGUUACUCCGCCAGCCGCGAUGCACCCCUCACCAUCAGAGACCGAGCAAAGCAAACCUGUCGGAGUCAAGUUUUUUUUUUCUCUCGACUUCUGCCUUUGGGGAAAAAAAGUGACCCAUUUCUGAUCGCUCUCCGAAAGGCCCCAAGCAAGCCUUCAGACGAGGAGCGUCCAGACUUCGGGACUCAGCAGCAGGUGGCAAAAGAGGGCGAUUAGGGAGCAGAACUUUGGAAGCGGCUGUUUGCCUGAGAUGCGGGGAGAUGGACCGGGCGAAGGCCCCUUUCCACCUGCAGGUGGGCCCAGCACUGGGGACAGCUGGAGAGGCCGAGCAAGGCGAGGGUGGGGGGAACAUCCAGCGGCACCAGUAGCCGGGUGACCGGAAAAGUGACCUGUUUAUACAGCACGCUGCUAGACCUAAUGGGAACAUAGAUGUGGGUUUUGCGACCUACCGGGGAGAGUGGAACUUUGAUCAAUAGUAACCUGUGGUUUUAAGAGAUCUGUGUUAGUUUGCUUGAAUACAAAUAUUUGAUAAGUCUUUUAUGCCCUAGUGGCCUGUUUGCCUGCCUGCGAGUUAGAGUUUUUGUCAUCCUGGGAGAAGGGGUGGGGGGAGGGGAGCCUGAGACUGUGAAUGGGGUUAAGUGCUUUCUUUUAGUGCAUUUCCAGCUGGGUCUUUUGGGGAGGCUGGGGCUCCAGCUAAGCCCGGGACAAAGAUCCAGAGUAGAAUUCGUAGCUCGUGUCUGCACGGUUUACGCCACAAAAGUGCUCUUGAUAUCCGUGACACCAUUUGACUUUUUUUUUUUUUUCCUAUUUAACAUUUCCUUAAUAAAUGCAACAUUUAAGUGUUUUGUU